GGCCUUCCUCCCUCCUCCCGGCCGGAGCUCUCUCUCCACCCGGCUGCCCAGUCCCGGGCCCCGGGGCGUGCGGACCCGAGUUUCCAUCCGGUUCUUCUCCUCUCGCAGGUCUGCGGAGAACUGGGGCUGAACAAGCACUCAGGGUAACAGUGGGCUGACUGCCGCUUCAGGGAGCGGAGUGGAGAGCGCGCCCGACCACCAUGCCGCGUUCGUUCCUCGUCAAGAGCAAGAAGGCUCACAGUUACCACCAGCCGCGCUCCCCGGGACCCGACUAUUCCCUCCUCCUGGAGAAUGUCCUGGCGCCAGGCGGAGCAGGCAGCACCUCGAGCGCAGGCGGGGCGAAGACGGAGCCCCGGGGUCGUCUGUCCCCCGAGUCACAGUUGACUGAGGCCCCAGAGAGAUCCUCCGUAUCCCCCGGCAGCUGUGAGGGCAGCGUCUGCGACCGGAGCUCAGAGUUUGAGGAUUUCUGGAGGCCUCCAUCGCCUUCUGUGUCUCCAGCCUCGGAGAAGUCGGCGUGCCCGUCGCUGGACGAAGCCCAGCCCUUCCCCCUGCCCUUUAAGCCGUACUCCUGGAGCGGUCUGGCGGGUUCUGACCUGCGGCACCUGGUGCACAGCUACCGGCCGUGCGCCGCCCUAGAGCGCGGCGCCGGCCUGGGCCUCUUCUGCGAGCGCGCCCCGGAGCCAGGCCACCCGGCGGCGCUCUACGGCCCCGAGCGGGCUGCGGGCGGCGCGGGGGCCGGGGCGCCUGGGGCAGGCAGCGCAAGAGGCGGCGCUGCGGGCGGCGCGGGCCUGGGGCUGUACGGCGACUUCGGGCCCGCGGCGGCAGGGCUGUACGAGCGGCCGGCGGCGGCGGCAGGAGGGCUGUACUCAGAGCGCGGCCACGGGCUGCACGCGGACAAGGGCGCUGGCGUCAAGGUGGAGUCGGAACUGCUGUGCACCCGCCUGCUGCUGGGCGGCGGCUCCUACAAGUGCAUCAAGUGCAGCAAGGUGUUCUCCACGCCGCACGGGCUCGAGGUGCACGUGCGCAGGUCCCACAGCGGCACGAGACCCUUUGCAUGCGAGAUGUGCGGCAAGACCUUCGGGCACGCGGUGAGCCUGGAGCAGCAUAAAGCCGUGCACUCGCAGGAACGCAGCUUUGACUGUAAGAUCUGUGGCAAGAGCUUCAAGAGGUCAUCUACGUUGUCCACACACUUGCUCAUCCACUCAGACACCCGACCCUACCCUUGUCAGUACUGUGGCAAGAGGUUCCACCAGAAGUCAGACAUGAAAAAACACACCUUCAUCCACACUGGUGAAAAGCCCCACAAAUGCCAGGUGUGUGGGAAGGCGUUCAGCCAGAGCUCCAACCUCAUCACCCACAGCCGUAAGCACACAGGCUUCAAGCCCUUUGGCUGUGACCUGUGUGGGAAGGGCUUCCAGAGGAAGGUGGACCUCAGGCGGCACCGGGAAACCCAGCAUGGGCUCAAAUGAGGGCCCUGGCCGGCUGCAAGCAGCAGUUACACAACACUACGGAGGGCAGCCUCCCCACUUGCCACCGUCCACGUCUGACUUCUCGGACCCUCCAGUCCAGUCCAGAGCUCCCAGCAGGGUGAGCCCCUUCACCUCACUUCCGGAAACUGCAAGAAGGGAUAAAUUACCUUUUCAAAGUUAAGCCCAGAGGGGGAACCAAAUGACUGACUGGGCUUUGGACAUGUCGAAUAGGCUCCCGGACACCUGAAGCCUCGAAGUCAAGAGGGGAUCAGCUAAAAUCUCGGGUCCUGCAGUUCUUCCCAUUCCCAGCCCUGCUCCACAGACAGGAAAGUCCUUCGAGUUUUUUCCCUCCUCUUGCCCCACCCCAGAUACUUGUGUGGAGGAGAAGUCAUCAUUUACAAGGUGGACACGUGCUAAUGCUUUUAUCUAGAAUGAAAAAUGAGUUGUUUUUUUUUUUUUUUCUUUCUGGGGAGUCUGUUAACCCCUUUCUACUGGGUGCUGCCUAUCAAUCUUGGAGGAAUCAAUUCUCCUACUUGAAGACUGGUUCAGGAAAUGAUGUGGGGAAGGAGCUUCAUACUUUUGAAAUUACAAAGUACCCUGGGCAGCCUGCUGCAGGCAGGAGCAGAAGAAACAUGGACUUGUUGGUGAGAGGAGAGGAGAGGAGAGGAGAGUCCUCUCUGCAGGAGGCUUGUGAAGGCUCCAUCACUGGAGGCGGAAGGAUAGAACACCACCUCUGGACAAGAUCCCAUCCCCUCACCCAGCAGGUGUUUACUGACCACCAGGUCCCAGGCCUGUGUUAGGCAUUGGGGAGCCAGAGAUUAAAGUUACGGCUGUGCCCCUGCCCUCAAAAGCUAACAGUUGAACCCCCAAGUGACUGAAUCUGUUUUUUCCCUCCUAAGGAAUUCAGAGAAGACCAAACAAAAUCUUGACUCUUCUUUUCUGACAUGUUUGGAUUUUAUCAAACAUAAACAACAACAAAAUAGCUGAAGAGAUACUUCCAAGAUGCGUGUGUAUAUUCAGUUUUUUACUGUUAAGCUGGUAUUUUUAAGAUGUCUAAGCUAGCAGGCAUGUGGAGUGACCCUUCAUGUGUACUAUAAAGAAAAAAAGUGGUGUUUUUACUUCGAUGAGGUUUGUAAAUGUUUUUAGAUCUUCUGGAGUUCAUUAUGUUUGUUAAUACGUAUUUAUUAGAAUGACGUUUUAAGUUAAUAAAGUAUUAAGACUC